CCCCAUUCUACCGUUUCUCCUGGGCUGGGAUUGGUGAGCUCGUAAAGAGAGGCAAACCAUUGGCACCCACGCUGCGUCUUCGUGAAUUCUUCAGAUUAUAAAGGGUAGAAAGUCGCCCUGAUUGUAUAGGUGUAGUAUUGUAUCAACUACUGUUUCAAACUAUUAAGUAUUCGGACGUUAGAUCUCGCUACGGUAGUGAAUUAGUUAAGAUGGCUGUCUUUAAUCUAUCAAGAUUAGUGAUGGCGCUAGGCUUGACAGCUGUUCAAGCAGUCCAAUUCUGGAAUAACACAGGGACGAAAGCCGGUUGGGAUACAUUUACACACGAACACAAGGGUACUGUUGAUGAGGUGACCGACAUCGUCUACAAGGGUCCUACAGCUCUGCGAAUGACCCAAAUCCACGACUCAUCUUACAACGGCCGCUACCACUCCGAAGCAGUCAAGUACAACGCCUACCAGAAAGGGAACACGGGGUUUUACGGGUUCGCCUUCCGGCUCCAGGAUAACUGGCAGUUCAACCCCGCUCAGGAGUUCAACAUUGCGCAGUUCAUCGCAGAUUUCUCGGACCUCAAAUGUGGCGAAGAUUAUAUGCCGAGUACGAUGGUGUGGAUUGUUGGGGACCAGCUUGAGACGCGGGUGAAGUACGGCAACGUGUGUCCUACUACCAGCCAGAAGAUCAAGUCCUUCUCGAAUCUCAAGAAAGUAACGGCGGGGGCUUGGCAUCGUAUCGAGAUUCAGGCUAGCUGGAAGAGUGAUAACACCGGCUACUUCAAGUUGUGGUAUGAUGGGGAGAAGGUGGUUGAGGCAUACAACCUUCCGACGACGGUAGGGGAUGGUCGGUAUUUUCAGUUCAGGGUCGGAUUAUACGCCAACGGUUGGCACGAUCAUGGGUAUGAGGGAACUCAAGGAACUAGACAAAUUUGGUACGACCAGAUUGCUUCUGGGUCUACGUUCAAAGAUGCCGACCCAAGUACUAGUUAAGCUAUAAACUCUAGAAGUUCUAUAGGCGUUGAAGAUGAUUAGGUAGUUGUGGAGAGUAGUUAGGAGGUAGGCAGUUUAUUUGAUGACUAAAACAGUGCUAUUUGGGGAAGCUUCACGAACGUAUUUGCGACAACCAACAGAGGGGUAAGAUUAUGUCGAUUAAUAUGGCCUUGUGAGAGAGGAAAGGGGUAUGUAUUUGGUAACGUAGAACUUUUGGAGGAGAGGCAGAAAAGAAAAUUUUCGCAAACCUGGAUGUAGGCCCCUAAUCGGUAGCCAGGCUGCCAGGCAGCCACAGAAUACGCCUUACUGCCAAGAGACG